AUGGCUGCUUUCGUCAUGAGGAUGGUCUUCAGUUUUAGAGCUCUCCCUAUUCUCGCCAUCUGUACUUGGUUACUCUUCAGUGAAUCUUUCAGCUAUGCUGCUGAGAGCGAUGUCAACUGCCUAAAAGCUAUAAAAUCUUCUUUGAAAGACCCAAACGGUUACUUAACAACUUGGAAUUUCGAGAAUAGAUCUGAAGGUUUCAUCUGUAAAUUUAUUGGGAUUGACUGUUGGCAUCCGGAUGAGAAUAGGGUCUUGAAUAUCAAGCUGGGGAACAUGGGACUUAAUGGCACGUUUCCAUUAGGUGUUGCUGGUUGUUCGUCCAUGACGGGGUUAGAUCUUUCUAGUAACAAAAUCCAUGGAAAUAUUCCAAAUAACAUCUCUCAUAUAGUUGGAUUUCUGACGAGUCUCGAUCUUUCCAACAAUGAGUUAUCAGGAGAGAUUCCUGUAGAUAUUUCCAAUUGCACUUACCUGAAUGUCCUCAAACUUGACAACAACCAGUUAACAGGCCAAGUCCCUGCACAGCUUGCUCAACUUAGCAGAAUCAAGGAAUUUAGUGUGUCAAACAACCAAUUGACUGGACCAGUUCCGAACUUCUCAAAAAAUGAUGGUAUUACUUCAGAGAGUUAUGCGCAUAAUCUAGGACUUUGUGGCAAUCCGUUGCCGCCUUGUGAAGGUGCUUCCAAGAAAACCAACAUUGGACCAAUUAUUGGGGCGGCUCUUGCAGCUUUUGGUGUGAGUAUUGACAUGUUCGUCUGUAUUGGCAUGUUCUUCUAUAUGCGCAAGGUGGCUAGAAAGAAGAAGGAAGGAGAUCCUUUAGGCAACAAAUGGGCAAAGAGUAUGAAGGGUUCCAAAGGCAUCAAGCUUUCAAUGUUUGAGAGGUCUGUUUCCAAAAUGACACUAAAUGAUCUCAUGAAGGCUACCAAUGACUUCAGGAAAGAGAAUAUAAUUGGGUCAGGAAGAACAGGGACAAUGUACAAAGCAGUACUUGAAGAUGGCACGUCUCUUAUGGUGAAGAGAUUGCAGGAUAGUCAACAAUCAGAGAAAGAAUUUGUGUCUGAGAUUUCCACUCUAGGAAAUGUAAAGCAUCGGAAUUUGGUUCCGCUUCUCGGCUUUUGCAUUACUAAGAAGGAAAGACUCUUAGUCUAUAAGCACAUGACAAACGUCGACACUCAUUUGAGUACUUUUAUAAAUGGUGAAUUCGGGGACUUGGGUUAUGUUGCUCCGGAAUAUGCAAGAACUCUGGUUGCCACUCCAAAGGGGGAUGUCUAUAGCUUUGGGGUUGUGCUUCUCGAGUUAGUAACCGGUGAGAAACCGACUUAUGUGGCUAAAGCGCCCGAAAGCUUCAAGGGAAAUCUAGUUGAGUGGAUUUCCCAACUCUCUAGUACCUCAGAACUUCAAGAUGCAAUCGACAAGUUGUUGGUCGGGAAAGGGUACGAUAGUGAGCUUUUCCAGUUUCUUAAGGUUGCUUGUACCUGUGUGUUGCCGGCUCCUAAAGAGAGGCCUACCAUGAUUGAAGUGUACCAGCUUUUGAGAGCUAAUGGACAGCGUAUUGACUUCACCACAGAAGACGACGUUUUGGCGUUAUCGGAAAAUGGCAAAUUUUGGUGUUAUCCGAUAAUGGCAACGCUGAUCAACUAG